AUGGGUUCCAGUUGUAGCCGCGGCAUUGCCGAAAACAUACGCGAAGAACUGUGGUCGUACUUCGCACUGACAGGUCUUCUCUUCCUAAACAUCGGUAUCGUAAUGGUUGUGUACGCACUGAAGCGAGCCACCCCUUACCCUGUGGUUCUGGAGGUAUUCGGACUUGGUCUGAUAAUCAUGGGCGUGCUGUCCACUCUAACAUCAUGGUAUGUCCACAGGCAACAUAGACAGAGGAAACCCAUCUGUGACUGCUGGUCUUUCUGCUGCAAAAAACCUCAUAAUGCCGCUAGUGAAGAUUCCUUGUUGGCUCCACAAAACAAAAAUCGCCAAAAUAAUGUUUACAUAACCGGCAAAAGUUUGACAUACAUUAAUACAACUAAACAAACUGGCAAUGAUCCUCAGCAUACAAUGAAAAUGUUCUCUACUCCUGAAUUCCAGAAAUACGCAGAAUACAUGGAGCGUGACACUGCAGGGGUCGAGGUCAACGGAACCAGCAAGUUCAAAGUGGAAUCAUUAAGACAGAAGAAACACGUGCAUCCACAACCGCUCCCAGGGCUUUCACAGGCGGCAAUACUUGUCAACACAGUAUAUACACAGAGAGGCGAUGUGGUGUCCCAGCCUGUGACAGUCACCAGUCCUAUCUGGCUAACAUUAUCUAAGUGA